CUUUCACAAGCUCAUCUUCUGUUCAACAAACUAUCUCCGUAGUACUCUUUAGUCUAAAUUAAGAGGGAAAUCACAUCAUAAAAAUAAAAUGGGUACGACUGAUACGUAUACGAAUUCAAAAAAUACAGAUGAUUAUGAUGUUGUUACACAGGCUGAAAGAAGAAAUAAAGAAUUAGGGUUUUUGAAAAGACAAUGGGAGUUCAGAGAUGCAUUAACAGUUGCGUUAAAAAUAUUGGAACAUACAGCUGUUUGUUUUGCACCAUUUUAUUUCACUUGGGAUGCAUUCUGGGUUUCAGUGGUUUUAUAUGUUAUUACUCUACAUCUUGGUAUUAGUCUUUCUUAUCAUAGAAAUCUUACUCAUAGAAGUUUUAAACUUCCUCGAUGGCUCGAGUAUUUCUUUGCUUACUGUGGACUCCAUGCUGCUCAGGGUGAUCCAAUGUUCUGGGCAAGUGUUCAUCGAUACCACCAUCAGUAUACAGAUUCUGAUCGAGACCCACAUACACCAAACGAAGGAUUUUGGUUUAGUCAUAUCAAUUGGGUUUUCUACUACAGCUAUGUCUGCGAAAAGUGUGGAGAUCCGACCAGUAAUGUAAUGGAUUUAUAUAAGCAACCAUUCUAUAGGGUUAUUCAGAAAACCUAUCUUCUUCAUCUGAUUGGAUUAGGGGUUAUCAUGUACAUGGUCGGAGGUUGGCCUUAUGUUUUAUGGGGCAUGGGAGUGAGAAUUACACUGGGGCACCACAGUACGUUCAUGAUCAAUUCAGUAUGUCAUACAUGGGGAAGUAGGCCAUGGAAUACGAAAGAUUUAUCAAAGAACAAUUGGGUGUUGGGGUUGAUAGGUUAUGGAGAAAACUGGCAUAACAAUCACCAUGCUUUCCAGAACUCGGCUCGAUUAGGUCUGGAAUGGUGGCAGCUUGAUUUCCCAUGGUAUGUUGUGAAGUCUCUUGAAUGUAUGGGAUUAGCAACAGAUGUUAAAGUACCAACGGAGUUGCAGAAACAGAAAAUGUCCUACAAAAAUAGUACUGGCACUACUAAUGGAGGAGGAUUUGAAGAAGCUCAUGAGAAUGGUAAUGGUAAUGUUAAAACUUAUUAGGUGAUAGGCUUUUUGAAUUUAUUUGGUUGCGUGUUGGGAAAAUUUGAUUAGAGUGUUACCAGUAGGUUCAUGUAUAUGAAUAUGAAGAGAUUCAUUCAAUAUUUUAUGUGAAGACCAUCAUAAAUAAGCCUUGGUUUGAUUAUUAUUUUGUUAAUCAAGAUUAUUAUUUUAUAGAGUUAAUAAUAAUAGUACUAAAGUAAAGAGCUGGUGUUAAUGCACACUUUGUUUGAAA